AUGGACCUCAUCAGUCGCCGUAUCCAGGAGACCAUGAAUGCCAUGCGGUUCCUACCAACUAUCUUUGCUUGGAUCCUCAUCUCUGUCGACCUUUUGUCUCGGUUUGUUUUGCUGAGUCUCAUCUCCAUCCAUUUCCUACUCACGCAUAUGCUUCGGUUCAUGGUUGCUCAUGACGGCUACCUUUUCAGUGAAGAAAAGAAGGUCAUUGUGCUGUCUCCUCCUCCAAAGGAGCUCGUACGUGCAAGGGCUAACAUCAUUCCACGACCACUAGGAUGCUGGAAGCCUGUCUGCGACGUUGAUGGUGUGCCAUCUGGCUCCAUGAAGCAGGUAUCCUUCCGAUUUCAGAGGUGCAACGGAGAGGCAGUGCACAUGCAGGGCAUGCUUUGUAUUGAACGCUUCGACUCCACCUGCAUCUAUCGUGUCUACUAUGAAGGACACGAGUCUGUAUUUGAUGCCGCCGGAUGUGUUGCUCAAGGUGAUGAAGUGGCAGGUUUGUUAUACCUACCCACUCUGUGCAACUCGAGGAUCCAAGAUCUCUAUGGCCAGUCUAAACGUCAUGGCAUGAAAGUCGUUGGGUUGAGAGCUGAUUACAGCACCAACAAGGACUCAUUACAGUUCCUCCAGUUUGUUGUCCGAGUUGGCUACUCUGGAGAAGAGAUGGCCGAGGGCAUCCGUUUCCAAGAUGACUUCGAGAAAGCUAUCAGGUCAGGCACCAACAGCACUUCUGAUUAG